CAUCAGUCACAGCUAGUGAGCAAGGCCAAAAACCCUCCACCAUCAUUAUUAACCAGCUGCCAACGGCUGCAGCUACAGUUUCCGUUCUCAGGUAAAAAAUAGGGAGUUUGAACAGCAAUAAAAUAAAGGGCAGAAGAACGGACAUCUUCGUCACAGAGAGGCCAGUAAGAAGAAUCUGCAAUAAAUCAGCACAAAAACAGACAGAGCCAUGGUGGAAUACUACCAGAUAUUGGGAGUCCAAAGAAAUGCAACACAAGACGACAUUAAAAAAGCUUACAGAAAAUUGGCGUUGAAAUGGCAUCCAGAUAAGAACCCAGACAACAAGGAAGAGGCAGAGAGGCGGUUUAAAGAGCUGUCAGAGGCUUAUGAAGUCCUGUCAGAUGAAAACAAAAGGAGUCUUUAUGAUCGAUAUGGAAAAGACGGCCUCUCUGGUAGAGGAAACCACUAUGAUAACUUCAGCCAUGGUGGCGGCUUCACAUUCCGUAACCCAGAGGACGUUUUCAGGGAAUUCUUUGGUGGAAGAGAUCCGUUUGCUGAUUUGUUUGGUGAUGAUCCCUUUGAUGAUUUCUUUGGCGGGCGCGGUCGUCAAAGAGGUGCACACAGGAGCCGGAUGGGCGGUCCACUCUUUGGCUUUGGUGGCUUUCCAGCUUUUGGACCUGGUUUCUCAGGGUUUGAUACAGGUUUUAGCUCCUUUGGUGACAUGGGAGGAGGAGGAGGAGGAGGAGGAUUUACCUCCUUUUCUUCCUCUUCAUUUGGAGGCGGCGGUGGAGGGAUGGGCAACUUCAGAUCUGUGUCAACUUCUACCAAGAUCGUCAAUGGCAGGAAAAUCACCACAAAAAGGAUUGUGGAGAACGGCCAGGAGCGGGUAGAAGUGGUGGAAGAUGGUCAGUUAAAAUCCCUUACAGUUAAUGGUAAGGAGCAGCUCUUAAGGCUGGAUAACAAGUAAAUCUCACCCCCAAAUUUUACCUACAUGCAAUUGUCUCAUCUGGAAGAGAAAAAAAAAGUCUCCUUUCUCUCUCUCUCUCUCUUACUCCUGCAUCUCAUUUCCAAAGAAUUUUCUCGUUAGCUUAGCUGCAAGAGAGAAGAGAGAUGUUUUCAGUAUUUGUAUAUUUGUAUGUAUUCCAUUACUUAGGGGGACCAGCUUGCUGGGAUUGUUAUUUUGUUUUUUUCUUAUUAAUAUUUUCUGAAUUUAUUGAGUUGUACUUUUCUGCCAUAAACACAAAGUUGGCUGUGUGCUGUAUAUUUUAUUCCUUCAGGCAGGGUGUAUAUUGUCUUUGGUGUUGUGGCAGAAAAAAUAAGAUGCUGUAUGUUUAACUUCUGCAUGUCAUUUUUUGCUCCCUUUUUAUUUGACUUGUUUAACAAGUGAAUGAGAAACUUAACCACCUCACAUUAAUGUGUUUAACAUAAACUCCACUUUGCUAACCUGUUGCUGUUGUUCAUGCGAGUGUAAUGAGAUUUGUGUUCAUUAAUAAAUUAAAUAUAACAUACUUUGCUCAUUCUC